GCCCUUACCAGGCAUAAGUGGACGUUAGGUUCCAAUGAAAUAGCGUCCGGUUCAAGCUAGCCCCCAAUGGAGCUACCACCAUGGGCGCCCUUCCUCGCCAUCGUGCUGUUCCUAGCAACCAUUCUCCGGCGUGGCCGCCGGGCAUACAGGCUCCCACCUGGACCUAAGCCUUGGCCGAUCAUCGGGAACCUCAACCUCAUCGGAUCGCUCCCCCAUCGUUCCAUCCAUGUGCUCUCCAAGAGGUACGGCCCUCUCAUGUACCUCCAAUUCGGUUCGAUCCCCGUCGUCGUCGGCUCGUCCGCCGAGAUGGCCAAGUUCUUCCUAAAGACGCAGGACGUUGUGUUCAUCGACCGGCCCAAGACGGCCGCCGGCAAGUACACAGCCUACCACUACAGCGACAUCACCUGGUCCUCCUACGGCGCCUACUGGCGGCAGGCACGCAAGAUGUGCCUCACGGAGCUCUUCAGUGCCAAACGGCUCGAGUCAUACAGGUACAUCCGCAGCGAGGAGAUGCGCGUGCUCCUGCGCGAUCUGCACCACGCCUCCGGGCGUGUCGUGCUGCUCAAGGACCACCUGUUCACCUUGAGCCUCAACGUGAUCACACGCAUGGUUCUGGGCAAGAAGUACCUGCAUAAGGAUGCUACGACGACGACGCAGGAGGAGUUCAGGUGGAUGGUCGACGAGUGGUUCCUUCUCAACGGCGUGUUCAACAUCGGCGACUCCAUCCCGUGGCUCGACUGGAUGGACCUGCAAGGGUACAUCAAGAGGAUGAAGAAGCUGAGCAAGAAGUUCGACCGGUUCCUGGAGCACGUCGUUGACGAGCACAACGGGCGGCGCCACCUCAAGGGGGAGAGCUUCGUGGCCAAGGAUAUGGUGGACGUGCUGCUGGAGAUAACCAGCGACCCCAAUCUCGAGGUACCGAUCCACCGGGAUGGCGCCAAGGCUUUCAUUCUCGACCUCAUCGUCGCCGGCACUGAGAGCUCGGCCAUUACGGUGGAGUGGGCAAUGUCAGAGAUCCUGAAGAAGCCCGAGGUGUUCGCCAAGGCCACGGAGGAGCUGGACCGCGUAGUGGGGCGAGAGCACUGGGUGACCGAGGAGGACAUGACGAGCCUCCCCUACAUGGAGGCCAUUGUCAAGGAGACGAUGCGGCUGCACCCGGUGGCGCCGAUGCUGGCGCCCCGGCUGUCCCGCCAGGACGCGUCCGUUGGCGGCUACGACAUCCCCGUCGGCACGCGUGUGCUCGUGAACGUGUGGUCCAUCGGCCGCGACCCGGCACUGUGGGACACGCCGGAGCAGUUCUUGCCGGAGCGGUUCAUCGGCAGCAAGAUCGACGUCAAGGGGCAGGACUUCGAGCUGCUGCCGUUCGGGUCGGGGCGCAGGAUGUGCCCAGGGUACAGCCUCGGGCUGAAGGUGAUCCAGAUGAGCCUGGCCAACCUCCUGCACGGGUUCACGUGGAGGCUCCCGAGCGGCGUGACCAAGGAGGCGCUGAGCAUGGAGGAGAUAUACGGGAUGACCACGCCGCGCAAGUUCCCGCUGGAGGCCAUACCUGAACCCAAGCUCCAGGCUCGCCUCUACACCCAAGCUUGAUACGUACAGGUAUGCACACGCGCGAUCGUUGCCUGCGUCGCUGUAUUUUGUGUGUAUUGUUUUACUGGUCUUGUAUUAUAUAUUUUUAUUUAGUAGAAAAAAGGAAGCCCAACCUCUGCAUCAAUGAUCAAUCAAUGUAUAUGGCAUUUAUUUGUAGCUUA